AUGCGAUCAUGGCGCCUGGCUCGAAUCAACCUGCGUCGUGGAUCGAGAACACCGAUACGACAUUAUCAUGCGAAACCAGGACCUAACUUAUCGCAAACAAGACGCGCCAAUGGUGCGAAAUAUACUGCUGCUACUGCUAGUGCUGCGCUUGCUGGAUCAGGGAUCUGGUGGCUCACAACACCACCUCGCGAUGACGUGCCAGACAUACAAAUUCAGCAGAUCAACAGGUCCGGCCUCUCGAAAGACGACAUCACUCGGAUACUCUCGCGAGAAGCCUAUUCUUUCCCGGUCAAAGGUGUUCCUGGAGUUGCUAGAUACGAUGGUGCUCAACUGGCCUCCAAUAGUCCUUGUGAGGACCGCUUUGUCCAUGGCAAAAUGCCUUCACCUCGUGACGACGACAAGCCAUGGAUGGCUUGGGCUAUCUUCGACGGCCAUGCAGGCUCACAAACAGCAGAGCUGCUUUCGCAGCAACUUGUCCCUAUGGUUCAGCAAUAUCUACGACCAGUCAACCUUCCCUCGAAAGACCAACCUGAAUCAAAACAAUCAGCCCAGCACGCAAUCACAAAAGCAUUCGUGGAUCUUGACACCUCAAUCAUCGACACAGCUAAGGAAAUCUCCCAAGGCCCUUUACCCUUACAAGAAAAGAUGCGGAAAUUGAUGCCUGCAUUUGCUGGUUCGUGCGCCCUGCUCGCCUUAUACGACCCAGUCACCAAGAAUCUGCAUGUAGCAUGUACCGGCGACUCUCGCGCGGUUCUCGGACGAAAGACCUCAGAUGGAACAUGGGAAGCAAUACCUCUAUCAAUCGAUCAAACCGGUAGCAACACCGACGAAAUAGCAAGACUUUAUUCCGAGCACCCCAACGAAGAAGACAUAGUAAAAAAUGGUCGAGUGCUGGGACUAAUGGUAUCGCGAGCCUUCGGCGAUGGUAGGUGGAAAUGGGGUCAAGAUUUACAGAAAGAGUUUGUGGAAAAGUUUCAUGCACCGGCACUGAGACCUUCAUUCAAGGUUCAGACACCACCAUAUGUGACUGCGGGACCAGUGGUCACAAGCACUGCUAUCGACGCCAACACUCCAUCGUUUCUGAUUCUGGCAUCAGAUGGUAUGUGGGAUAAUCUGACCAACCAACAAGCCGUCGAUCUAGUAGCGAGAUGGCUAGAAAACCCCAGCGCAACUCCUGCAGAUCCUAGACCAAAGCCAUUAUCUGAUGCCCUCGACUUUGGUCAUCUCUCUCGAGGUGUCGUAAACCCGAGAUUCGAAGAAGAAAGAACAACAACUCAAGACUCCAAUGCCGCUGUCCACUUAGUGCGGAACUCUCUAGGUGGAAAUCGCGAUGAGUUACUAGCAGGCCGGCUUGCAGCUAGUGCGCCAUUCUCAAGAGAUAUCAGGGACGAUAUCACUGUGCAAGUGGCUUUCUUCAAUUGUUCCAGGUAG